AUGGACGGGAACGCCAACGCCGUAUUCAUCAGAUACUUCGCCAAGCUCUGCUCAGGCCAAAAACUGAACGUAUCUGAAAUUUGGGUGGAGAAUACUGAUCGAGAAACACUGGUUCCGCUCUUCCACCUCACCAAAUUCAACGCCACCCUACGCAUACACAAACGGUAUCCUAAUCGCCUUCAUCUGGAAAAUCACCUCCGCAUCCACUCCUUCUGCUACGGCGCCGUCUACGCAGGCUCCCGCUUCUCCCCGGCGCUGUCGCAGGGGCACAUGGGUUAUGUGAUCACCUGCGCCAUCUCCUGCUUGUCAAUCUCCGAAAUCCUCGCCUCGCCACUGAUUUCCAUAGCACUGGCCUUGCGAACUACAUUAUCGGAUAACACGACUCAUCAUCUCACCAGUCUAGUCCAUCUCCUACGCUACGAAAUACCGAGGAUAAGACUACGAUCAGCCAUGGUGCGAGAAGAGAUGGGAAGACGGAGGACUAGUUUUGUGGCAGAGGGGAUCUAUGAGGCGGAUUUCGGGAUUGACAGUGGGGUUGGGAAGUAG